AGUGACGCAGGCUGGGCGAGAGGACGUGCACGCGCGCCGCCAGGUACGAGCCAGCCUGGCCAUGCAGGACUUGGGUCCGCAUGAAGUCCUGGAGCGGUACCAUGGUCCGGUCUCGGUCGGGUGACAGCUCACGUGACUGGGGGGAACCUUUUCUGUCCGACUUGCGAGUCUUGUUUUUUUCCCGGGAACGAUGCAUCUGUUCCGGAGUUCCACUUACCAAGUGUUCCCGGACAGAAGCUCGCUGGACACGCCGACCAUAAGAGGCAUCAGCUGGACUCCACUUCCAGAGGCCGUGAACUCCAAGGACACCAUGAAGCAGUUCCUGUCAGAUCGCGUGGUGAAGGCGGCCAGGUCGGUCUACAGCGUGAUGGUGGACAGGAACCCCGCCCUCAUCCGGGACAGGAAGCACCACCUCAAAACACACAGACGAUGCUGCUCGGGCAAGGAGCUGGUGGACUGGCUGAUGAGACAAAGCGAGGGUCUGCAGUGGAGGAGCCAGGCGGUGGGCAUGUGGCAGGUCCUGGUGGACGAAGGCAUCCUGGUUCACGUGAAACAGGAGCCGAACUUCCACGACAAGGACACGCAGUUCUACCGCUUCCUGGACUCUGAGUACGGACUGAACCACCUGACCAAGGACUGUGAGGACGAGCUGCAGGAGAGUCUGUCUCUGCUGUCCCAGCUGGGCCCGGACGCCCUGCUCGCCAUGAUCCUCCGCAAAUGUCCAGGUCAGAGGAGCGGCGAGGACCUGGAGGUGAUCUACGAGGAACUCCUCCACCUCAAGGCCGCCGCUCACCUCUCCACCUCGGUGCGGAAGGAGCUGGCUGCUGUGCUGCUGUUUGAGUCCCACGCUAAGGCCGGAACUGUCUUGUUCAGUCAGGGGGAUAAGGGCACUUCCUGGUACAUCAUCUGGAAAGGCUCCGUCAACGUGAUCACCCACGGGAAGGGUCUGGUGACCACGCUGCACGAAGGCGAGGACUUCGGGCAACUGGCCUUGCUGAAUGACGCCCCGCGCGCCGCCACCAUCAUCCUGCGGGAAGACAACUGUCACUUCCUGCGUGUGGACAAACACGACUUCAUUCGCAUUCUAAAGGACGUGGAGGCCAACACGGUGCGACUGGAGGAGCACGGGAAGACGGUGCUGGUGCUUGAAAAGCGUGCCGACUCGGCCGAGCAGGGAGGAGCAGGAAACAAGUACACGGUGAUGUCAGGAACACCGGAGAAGAUUCUAGAACACCUCCUCGAAACCGUGAAGUUGGACUCCAACGGGAACGACGCAGCAGAUUCCUGCGUGAGCGACUUCCUGCUCACCCACAAAGUCUUCAUGCCCUCCAGCCAGCUGUGUGCCGCACUGCAGCAACACUACCAGGCGCGGCUCUCUGAGGGCUCGGAGCAGGAGAAGGCCGCCUACGUCCUCACCGCCAGGCAGAAGGUGGUGAAGCUGAUGGGCCAGUGGGUGGCGCUCUACGGCCUCCUGCUGAGAGAAGACCCCGUCGCCUCCGCCUUCCUGGAGAAGCUGAAGAAGGACAUGUGUGCUGACGUGCGGCUGAAAGAACAACUGAGGGACAGAAGAAGAACCAGAGUCUUAGAGAAUGGAUACCACUCCUUGAGCAGGAAGCAGUCGUUCAGCUGGUUCCCACACGGCGAGGAGGCCGCAGGCGGGCUGCAGCCAAUCAGAGCGCAGGAUGAAGUCUUGUACCGGAUCCACACGGCAGACCACCAGGACCUCUCGCUGAUGCUGCCCGUCAACAGCAGCGUGCAGGAAGUGAUGUCAUCGCUGGUCAAGCCCGGAGGAGAUCACGUCCUGGUCAAGAUGAACUCGGCGGGAGAGCGAGCGGAGCUGAAACUGGACGCCUCGGCCGUGUUCACGGCUCUGGGACUCAACGAGAGACUCUUCAUCUGCACCAGCGCUCAGGUGCAACAUCUGGUGGAGUUGGUCCACUACGUAUUCGGACGCCACAAAUUCCCGGGCGCCGUCACGGCCAACUUGGAGCGUUUCGUGCGUCGCUUCAACGAAGUUCAGCUUUGGGUCGUGAGCGAACUUUGCUUGUGUGAAGAUUUGGUGAAAAGAGCCGUGCUGCUCAAGAAGUUCAUCAAGAUAGCCGCCGUGUUAAAAGAGCAGAAGAAUUUCAACUCCUUCUUUGCCGUCAUGUUUGGUUUGAGCAACAGUGCGGUGCAGCGACUCUACAAGACCUGGGAGAGAAUACCUGGCAAGACUAAAAGAAUCUACUGUUCCUACGAGAGGCUGAUGGAUCCUUCACGUAACCAUCGAGCUUACAGGCUGGCUGUGACCAAGUUGAGUCCUCCUUUCAUUCCUUUCAUGCCGCUCAUCCUUAAAGACAUGACCUUCAUCCACGAGGGAAACGCCAACCUGGUGGAGCGCCUGGUCAACUUUGAGAAGAUGCGGAUGAUCGCCAAGACCAUGAAGAUGGUGCGAGGGUGCCGGAGUCAAACCUACGUGCCGUCAUCACCGCAGAGAAGUCUCGCUGACAGAAUGUUUCUAGAAGGUUCUGCUGCUCGCCUUUCCACGUACUCGGACCACGCCCUUCCUCAGAGGAGCCCCGGCAACAUCCGCCUUUACGUUCAGCACCUGAGGGUGAUUGACAACCAGCGCAAGCUAACGCAGCUAUCGAGGACCUUGGAAAGCUAGCGGCGGUCUGACGGCGUCACGGGGGCUUGGUUGCCGUGACGACGCACUGACGGGACUCAAACCGACAGGAUUUUGACACACACACACAUUCUUGUAUUUGUUACCUUCUUGAGACCUUUUUUAGCACCACCCUUUCUAGAUGUAUAAAGAUUUGUAUUUACAACAUUAAUAAUAUAUACAUACUAUGCACAUAUAAAAAAAGCUUUAGGUUAAUUUAUUUUAUUUUUUGUUUUUUUUUGUUUGUAAUUGGUUUUUAAUCUUCAUUAUUAAUUAUUACAGUAUGUCUCUAUAUACAUAUUUUUUUAAUUAUUUUUUUCAUCAAUUUUGGCCCAAGGGGGUGCACUUCAAAUUCUUACGCACACUUGUUAUUUCAUAUGUUGGCCAAAGGGGGAGCACUUCAAAUGUGUACACACAGUUGUUAUUUCAUACGUUGGCCAGAGGGGGGAGCACUUACAUUUUUUACACACACUUGUUAUUUCAUAUGUUGGCCAAAGGGGGAGCACUUCAAAUGUGUACACACACUUGUUAUUUCAUAUGUUGACGACCAGAGGGUGCACUUAAAAUUUUUACACACACUUAUUUCAUAUGUUGGCCAGAGAGGGAGCACUUCAAUUUUGUACACACACUUAUUUCAUAUGUUGACCAGAAGGGGAGCACUUAUAAUUUGUACACACACUUGUUAUUUCAUAUGUUGACCAGAAGGGGAGCACUUCAAAUGCGUACACACAUUUGUUAUUUCAUAUGUUGACCAGAGGGGGAGCACUUCAAAUGUAUACACACAUUUAUUUCAUAUGUUGACCAGAGGGGGAUCACUUCAAAUGUGUACACACACUUGUUAUUUCAUAUGUUGACCAGAGGGGGAGCACUUCAAAUGUGUACACACACUUGUUAUUUCAUAUGUUGACCAGAGGGGGAGCACUUCAAAUGUGUACACACACUUAUUUCAUAUGUUGACCAGAAGGGGAGCACUUAUAAUUUGUACACACACUUGUUAUUUCAUAUGUUAGCCAGAGGGGGAUCACUUCAAAUGUGUACACACACUUGUUAUUUCAUAUGUUGACCAGAAGGGGAGCACUUCAAAUGCGUACACACACUUGUUAUUUCAUAUGUUAGCCAGAGGGGGAUCACUUCAAAUGUGUACACACAUUUGUUAUUUCAUAUGUUGACCAGAAGGGGAGCACUUCAAAUGUGUACACACACUUAUUUCAUAUGUUGACCAGAAGGGGAGCACUUCAAUUUUGUACACACACUUGUUAUUUCAUAUGUUGACCAGAAGGGGAGCACUUCAAAUGUGUACACACAUUUGUUAUUUCAUAUGUUGACCAUUG